CAGCAUCAGCCCCAUUGUGACCUAAGCCGCGAGCGGUAGCUGCAGGGAGACGCCUGGGGGACCCCAGAAGCUGGGAAAUGGACUCUGUGGCCUUUGAAGAUGUAGCUGUGAACUUCACCCUAGAGGAAUGGGCUUUACUGAAUCUUUCACAGAAGAAACUCUACAGAGAUGUGAUGUGGGAAACCUUCAGGAACCUGGUCUCCAUAGGUAAAAAAUGGGAAGAUUAUGACAUGGAAGAAGACCAGAAAAGAAAACAAAAAAGUCUUAUGUUAGAGAGACUUGGUGAAGGGGAAAACGGUAGUGAGUGUGGAGAAAACUUCAGUCUUAUUCCAAACCUCAGUCUAAACAAGAAGACUCUUCCUGGAGUAAAACCAUGCAAAUAUAGUGAAUGUGGGGAAGUCUUCAUGCAUCAUUCAUCACAAAAUAGGUACAUCAGAUGUCACGCUGGACACAAGCCCUCUGAGUAUCAGAAAUAUGGAGAGAAGCCAUAUAAAUGUAACAUAUGUGGGAGAGCCUUUAGUUAUCUUCAGUGUUUUGAAAAACAUGAACGAAAUCACAAUGGAGAAAAAGCCUAUCAAUGUAAGGAAUGCGGGAAAACCUUUAGUUCUUCAACUUCACUUCAAAUAUGUGAGAGAACCCACCCUGGAGAGAAGCUCUGUCAAUGCAGAUACUGUGGGAAAGCCCUCAGAAAUUAUCGAAGUUGUCAAAGACAUGAAAGAAGUCAUAUGGAAGAAAAACUAUAUGAAUGUCAAAAAUGUAGUAAAGCAUUCAGAUAUUUUAGUAAUCUUCAAACACAUGAAAGAACUCACACUGCAGAAAAGCCCUAUGAAUGUAAGGAAUGUGGAAAGGCGUUCAGAUCUUGCAGUUCUUUACAACCACACAAAUGGGCUCACACAGGAGAGAAACCUUAUGAAUGUAAGGAAUGUGGAAAAGCAUUCAGAUAUUAUAGGUCCUUACAAACGCAUGAAAGGUCUCACACUGGAGAGAAACCCUAUGAAUGUAAAACAUGUAGUAAAGCAUUCAGUGAUCCUAGUUAUCUUCGAAAUCAUGAAAAAAUUCACAGUGCUGAGAAACCCUAUGAAUGUAAGAAUUGUGGAAAAGCCUUCAGAUCUUCCCGUUACUUAAAAUCACAUGAAAAGAUUCACACAGGAGAGGAAUCCUAUGAAUGUAAGGAAUGUGGGGAAGUCUUCAGAUCUUUCAGUUAUUUACAAACACACAAAAAUUCCCAUGCUAGAGACAAACGCUAUGAAUGUAAGGAAUGUGGAAAAGCCUUUAGAUAUUAUAGUUCCUUACAAAUACACGCAAUAUCUCACACUGGAGAGAAGCCCUAUGCGUGUAAAAAAUGUGGUAAAGUAUUCAGGUAUCUGAGUAAUCUUCGAAUACAUGAAAGAAUUCACACUGCAGAGAAACCCUGUGAAUGUAAGGAGUGUGGAAAGGCCUUCAGGUCUCAUCAUUCUUUACAAACACAUGAAAGGACUCACAUGAGAGAGGCUCUAUGAAUGUAAACAGUGUUAAAGUCUACAUUUCUCACAGUUCCCUUCAAAGACACCUGAAAAUACAUACUUGAAAUAACACGUAUAAGUGUAAGGAAUGUGGGAAAGCAUUUACUUGCCUUAGUUUGUGUCAAAGACACAAAAGAUUUCAAACUGGAGAAAAACCCUAUGAAUGUAAACAAUGUGGUAAAGCCUCCACAGAACAAUUCCUCACAAAGACAGGAAUAAACUCAUACCAGAGAAAUACCUAUGAAUGUAAGGAAUGUGGAAAAGCCUUCAUUUGUAACACAACCCUUUGAAAAUCAGAGAUUGUGAGUGCACAGUGGAGAGAACCAUAUACAGUCAAAUCUCAGUUCUUAAACUUUUCCCAUCUCAAACAAUUCAGUUCUCGACCAAGUUAUUCACAGAAAAAAUGUCUUGGUUGUUGCCCUGGCCAG